CCAAAUAGAAAAAACAUAAUUUAAGAAGAAAAGGGCAAAAGAUAACCCAGAAAGAGAGGUAGAGCCAGUCCUAUAUUUUCAAGAAAUCCAAAAUAAAAGUAUUUCCUUUUGAAAAAUUCAUACAAAAUUUUUACAAUUUAUCCCUAAACACAUAAUAAAAUUGAAAAAAGAAAAGAAAAAGAGGAGUAAAAAAAAUAGAAAUAGAAAUAGUAAAAAAGCGCAUCCAGAAAAAAGUCGCAGCCGUUGAUGAAAUAACGCGGGAGUCGACGAGUAUUUGGAAGCCGAUCCGCGUCCACCACAAUUAAAAAAAUUUGUUCCAAAUCGCCGACUCCAAAAUUCUCCAAUUUCCACGUUUUUUCUCUUUAAACUUUUUUCUUUUUUGCUUGAAUUUUCUCGCAGCUACAAAGGGAUAAAGCCAAUAAACCAUCCCCAAACCCUACUGGAGUGGCGUAUAAUUUCUCCCCCUUUUUUCAAUUUCCGAUUUUGUCGCCUACAUAUAAUUCGUGUAUAAUUCUUCUAGAGUUUUUUUUUUCAGCUGGGCUAAUUUGAUUUGAUUAAAUUUAAUUAGACAUGGCCGAUCGGUUUUACGAUGAUUUGGAGAUUGCGCUGUCCUCUUAUUCCAUACCGAGCAACGAUGAUUAUAAUGAAGAGGACGAAGAGACCGAGGGAGAGUAUGAGGGGGAAGAGGUCAACGAUGUCGAAAUUGAAGGAAAAUCGGAGGAAUUGGCGUGCCCUUUUUGCUCGGAGGAUUUUGAUGUUCUCGGGUUGUGCUGCCACAUUGAUGCCGACCACCGCAUGGAGGUUAAGCCCGGGAUUUGCCCUGUUUGUGCUGUGAAGGUGCGGAUAAACAUGGCUUCACAUGUGAUUACUCAUCACGAGAGUAUUUUGAAGGCUCUCUGCAAUAAGAAACAUCGUAGCACUCGCUCUCGUUCAUCAAUAUAUCUACUGAGGAAGGAGUUGCAGGAAAAACAUUUACGUGCUGUUAAGGAGUCACCUUCUGUUGGUUCUUCCUCUGAUGCAGCAGCUGAUUCCAUGCUUUUGUCGUUUGUCAAUAGUCCUCAACCAGCUUACAGACCCCAAAUCACUGAAGCUGUUUCUCUGUCUGAAGCAAGCUUAUCAGGAAAAAGUUCCUAUGAUGACUCUGCUGAGAGAUUUCCACCGUCUCUGUCAACGGACAGGAACAACGAGAUGGGCAGAAGGUCUGAGUUCGUACAGGGAUUGCUGUUAUCCACCAUCCUCGAUGACUUGUAAAAUCACCGGGUAUGCCCAGAGCUUCACUUUGCAAUGCCUAAUUAUUGACAGAAGAGGCGAUUGUUGAACUCCGCACUGAUUAUGCUCGUAAUCUUAACCAUACCUCACCCGUGCAAUUGAAUGUGAUCAGAGACACAACCGUUUCAGUGGUCAGUUAGAUGCAGCUCCCUUUAUUGCCUUGGUCUGGUUGUCGUGAGCUGUUAGUGUAUAGUUAUAAUAUAAGCAGCUAAUGCAUUGUGAUAAGACCAUGGUCAGUUGUAUGUUGCCUGCUUUCUUCUUUGUAGGUCAUUUUCACGAGUAAUUUGAAUUUGUGAUUGACUGCAUCUACUCUAGAUGAGGACUUGUGUUCUUCAUAAACCAUUGUCUUGCAAUCUUGUUGACUUGAUUGAUUGGUCUAAUAAUCAAAGAAAUAUUGGCAAUUCUUUUAUUUUUA